AUGACUCGCAGCGCCACCCAGAGCCGCAUUGACGAGGUGCUUGCCAGGCGCGAGGCCGGGAUUCCCGCGGAAUGGCGCGUCACCAUCUCCUCCGAUGCCACAAAGGCCAUGAACGAUCUUCUGGACGACAAGGAGCGGGCAAUCGUGGACAUGACGGCCAUACAGCUACGCGACGAGAUCGCCGCAGGCCGCCUCACAGCUGUGGCCGCCACCACGGCAUACUGCAAGGCAGCAGCGGUCGCGCAGCAGACAACCAACUGUCUCAUCGAGCUAUUUGCUCAUGAGGCGCUGGCCAGCGCGCGUCGCCUGGACAUUGAAUUCACGCGCACAGCACGACCUGUCGGGCCGCUGCACGGUGUGCCCAUUAGCGUGGCAGACGAUGUAGACGUGCGUGGUCACAACGCGUCGGCUGGCUUCCUCUCUCUCGUGGACAAGGCGGUGGACGAGGACGCACACGCGAUUGCUAUCCUGCGCGAGGCUGGUGCAGUGUUCUUCUGCAGGACGACCAAGGCGCAGGUGCUUGCGCUCGAGACCGUUGGGUACUUUGGAACGACUUCGAAUCCUUGGAACCGCGAGCUUACUGGCGGUUCCGGGGAAGGUGCUCUGCUGGGCAUGAAAGGUUCGCCGCUAGGUGUCGCCACGGACGUCGGUGGCGGCGUUCGUAGCCCCGCGGCCGCGAAUGGCGUGUAUGCCUUCAAGCCGACGUCUGGUCGUCUACCAGCCGUCGGCGUCAGUGUAAUUCAUCCCGAAGGCUGGCACGGCAUGCCGCGUACCCAGGGUGCACUUGCGCGCUCUGCAGAGGAUCUGGAGCUGUACGUGCAGCUCAUGUGUGAGGCAGAGCCGUGGCACCGUGACCCUGCUCUUGUGGUGCGGCCAUGGGUGGCUUCCAAGGGCCCGGGGCGCAAGCUCCGCGUUGGCGUGAUGCGUGAUGACGGCGUCGUCGCCCCGGUCGAGGCGGUGGAACGUGCGCUCGAGAUCGCCCUCAACCGCCUCCGGCGGUCCUGCGACAUUGUACCGUUUGAGCCGUUCCAGAGCCGACAGGCUUGGGACAUUGCGCGCCGGCUGUACUGGCCGGACGGAGGGGCGCGGGUCAUGGACGCGCUCGCGGAUUCCGGCGAGGAGGUACGUCCUCUGACAAAGUGGAUCAUCGACCAGAGCGGACACGCAGGCCGUAUCCUGGGGACAGAGGAGCUGUUCACCCUCUGCGCGCAGCGAGACGACUUCCGCACUCGCCUUGCCGCCCAUUGGGCUGAUUCAGGCAUUGACGUCCUGCUCAUGCCCGUCGGGCCCACCCCGGCCCCGAUCCACGGUACGGCCAAGUACUGGAACUACACGUCCUACUGGAACCUUGCAGAUCAUCCCGCCGGCGUGUUCCCUACCGGUCUCUUCUGCGACGACGGUGACACCCAUGACCCGUACUGCUUCCCGCGCAAUCCCGUGGAGAAGGAGAUCUGGGAUAGCUACGAUCCAUCGUUGCAGGCCGGCGCGCCUUUGUGCCUCCAGGUCAUUGGGCAGAGGGGCUAUGACGAGGACACACUGUGGGCUAUGCGUGAAAUUGCAGCGGCCGUCCGGGCGGCGUGA